ACAAAAGUGGUGAGCAUUAUGCCAGGAUUUACUGCCUGCUGUGUGCUCUCCAGAUGUUUCUUGGGCAGAGAAGCAAAGCGAUACAAGCAAAAAGGGAAGGAUACUGUGAUGUGAAUCUUACUUUUCUGCCAGCUCAAGCUCUCAAAGCUUUUUUUGGGUGCCUGCUUGGGACCCCUUGCACAUUCCUGUGACAAGUGCAAAGCAAGCCAACUUGGCACUGAAUUGAGGACCAGGGACACUGUGCAGAUGUUUGCUGAAACCAGAAGUUUCCCUCUGGUUUUGCUUUCUCCUUCAGUGCAUCUGACCAUCAGUCUUUGCUUGCCAAGCUGUUUGACAUGGGGUUUUUGGAAUUCAAGGCUCUUAGAUGUGAAUGUUGUGAGCAGGGCGCUGACGCUUCAGGUGAAGCUGGAGGGUCACGCUGAAAAUCUUGAGAGCCUGCAGAGCUGACUCUUGUGAAGGAUGGUGCAGAACCUAGAACUGCUUACAAACAGCAGCAGCAGCAGAAGGGAAAGGUCUUGUGACUUCUUGACAGUGUCUGGGGAUUCUUGCUGCGCACUGAUUCUUGCCCACUUGUCCAGUCACCUCUGUAACCUGUCAAGGAUCUUUUUGGCUGAUCCUUCUUCCUUUUUAAAGAGUGCCCAGAUAUUUGGGCACUGCAGCUUAGUUAGCCAAAAAUAAAGGUAGCAAGUGGUCUUGUUCAUCCAAUUCCAGUAAUUUAAUUGGCUGGAUAUCUGUCCCUCCUCCUAGAGAGUUCUUGUGCAGAUAGAAACCUACUUCUGGUUUCCUACUCAUGCUGCUAGAAGCCAGAGGUUUUGCUAUAUGGUUUGGUGAAUUCCUUUAGUCCCUUUUACUUAGAGAGUGCCUGGCCAACAAAGUACCUAUACGUCCACUAUGAAUGGCAUGAAGCAUUGAGGAGUCAGCCAGGAGAGCCCUGUUCUGUCCUGCACCUGCAGAGUGACUUGGAAGUGCUGAUGAGCUCAGGGCUGUGAGCAGAGGCUGGGCUUUUGUCCCUUUGCAGAUACUUGGUGGGCACACCCGUGUGUGAUAGGUCAGGCAACAGCAAUUUCAGCUUUGGUUGCUGAUACCAAACUGAGCUGGGCUAGGUCAUGAGGAAAGGCUGCCCAGUCACCUGGAGGGGCCUGCUUUGCUAUGUAAAGUGGCAAAAUAGUCCUGCUGUAUCUGAGUUUCCAUGCAAGCCAUUUUGCUUACUAAGGUGUAGGGAUCUUAAGGCACAUCUUACUGGAGAAGCUGCCCCUGUGUGCCAGGAGCAAUUGCUCUUCAUCUUCACGCCUUGUAGGUCAGAGAAGGAGAGCCUGCAAAGCAGCCUGCUGGAGGCUCAGCAGCACAUAUGGGAGCUGGAGAUGGCCAGGAGCCGUGUGGAAGCCCAAGUGCACAGGGCCAGGCAGGCCAAGGAGGCGAUACUGGAGGAUGUGAGGGGCCUUCGUCAUGAGCUGCUGGCUGUAAGAGCUCUCAGCCAGCAGCAAUGUGAAGACAUGGCUGAACAGCUGCGCUGGGCACAAGAGCAGUGCUGCAAGGCUCUGAGACUCUGGCAGUCUGCCCAGGAAGAGGAAAAAAGGAAUCUCGUGCAAGAACUGGAGAGACAACUGGAAGAGCAGCAUGUGGAGGCACGGAAGCAGCUGGAGGAACGGGCAAACUUCCUGGCAGAGGUGCUGCAGGAAGAGCAGCGUCAGAAGGCUGCUGUCAUCCACAAGGUGUACCAGCUGCAGAGAGAGCUGAAGCAAAGUGAGCAGCUGAGGCAGAGGCUGAAUGAGCAGUGGCAGAACGGGCAGGUCAUGCUGCAGGCUGAGCUGCAGGAAGCUGAGAGGAAGAUGAGGGCAAUGGAGAAGAGGCACCAAGAGGAAAUGGAAAGGAUGCACAAGGUCCUGCUGCAGUGCAGGCUGGCUGAAGAAAAGCAGGUGGACGCAGGAUCUGCCAUCGAAGCUGCUGGUGCAGCAGCAUUCUGCCAAGAAGCCUCCUCUCCACAGCCUGAAAACCAGAGCAUGAGCAGCUCGGCCCGCUCAAGCCAGGAGAGAGAGAAGCAGUUCCUGAAGCUGCUGAGGAGUGUGGUGAGUGUGGAAGAUCCAGAAAAGAAGUACACUGGAUGGGAACAUCUUGGCAGUGGGGGCUUUGGAGCUGUUUAUAAGGCCUUCGACACUGCCACAGGACAAGCGGUGGCUGUAAAGGAACUUUAUCUCCAGCACCAGGGCUGUGAGGGAGUAUUAAAAGAAAUCCUGCUCAUGAGAGAAAAUAAGAACGCCAAUAUUGUCAGCUACUUAGAAAGCUACCUUGUGGAUGAGGCUGUCCUGCUGGUGUUGGAAUAUAUGGGUGGAGGCUCCUUAGCUGAUGUGGUCACCGUGAGAAGGAUGGCUGUAGGACACAUAGCAACAGUGUGUCGGGAGUGCCUGCAAGGCCUGGCUUUCCUUCAUGCCAAGCAGGUGAUCCACAGAGACAUCAAAAGUGACAACAUCCUUCUGGGCCGGGAUGGCUCUGUCAAGCUGGCUGAUUUUGGCCUCUGUGCUGUGCUUAGCUCUGAGCACAGGAAACGGAGGUCAAUGGUCAGGACCACUUACUGGAUGGCACCCAAGGUCGUGAGAAGAGAGCCUUACGGCCCCAAAGUGGACACCUGGUCCCUUGGGAUUGUGGGGAUAGAAAUGGCCACAGGAGAGGCUCCUUAUAUGCAGGAGACCAGUGACAAGGCCAGCUACCUGAUAGGCAAGCAAGGGGUUCCAAAUCUGCACCAGCUCAGGCUACCCCCUGGCUUGUGUGAAUUUCUGCGCUGCUGCCUGCAGAUGGAUGUGGACAGGCGAGGCUCUGCCAAGGAACUUCUGCAGCAUCCAUUUCUGCAAUCAGCGGAGCCUCUCUUAAGCCUCUUCUGACAGCCUGAUUGCUGCCAUCCCUGCAGCAAGGGAAUGCAAGAAGCAAAGGAGAUGACAAGGUGUGAGAGUCUGUCCGAAACUUCCCUCAUUUUUUGCCUCUCAAUCGUCAUGAAAGCCAAGACCACCGGGGAAAGGGAAAGAUCCUGUUCUGAAAAUCCAGGUCUGUCUGGUCCACCAAGCCAGAUUAUUGCCUACGGGUGUGUUUGCUCAACUCAUGGAACACUGCACCCAAGAAGGGGCAGUGUGCUCUCCUUCGCCUGCAUCACCCAGCAACGCUAGUGCUGGAAUUUCUCCACCCUUCUGACUUGGCUGGACUUUCUCUCGGGAAUGACCUUUCUGGAGGUCACCACAAAAGGACCCUCCAUUCACCGUACAUCAACCACCGUGACAGAUGGACUGAGAUGGGAGAAGAUUCUCCCCUCAAGGACUGAGACGUGCGACCCCUACAUGGAAAAGCUCCCCUCUUUUCCCAAAAGGACUAAGACUGAAAUCCCCACCGUAGGGUGAGGGAAGGUGUGCGUGGGGACCGGAGCAAGUUUUGCAAGCGACCACUGGACCGAGAAGACAAUGGUUCCUGCCUACGACAUCUGCUGCUGACGACGCCUGUUCCUGAUGGACUACUGAUGGACUCCUUGUACCCUUUAUCAAUAGACUAUUUUGAAAUGGGUCCCCUUCCCCCAUUUCAAAAGGACUAUAAAAAAGGUUAGACCUGACUGAUACCUUUGAGAUCUCCCCUGACGUGAAGACGACCGGCUCUUCGUCGACCGGACUUCGAGGGACUUUGUCAUCUGCACGUCUGAUAGCUAUAUACCUCCUUGCCCUCCCUCUCUUCUUUUUCUUUUCCUUACUCUUUUCCCUUUCUUCAUUCCCCUUCUCUCUAACGCAUCUUUGCUAUGGCUAUUUAAUAAAAGUACAUUUUGAUUUUACUGCAAAUCCCCUUGUCGUGUCAGUUUUUGCACCCUGAGAU